CGCAUCUCGGAUUCAAAAUGGGUUUCAAAUUUCUGGAGGUGAUAAAACCGUUUUGCAGCAUACUCCCGGAAAUCGAGAAGCCGCAACGGAAAAUUCAAUUCCGGGAGAAGGUACUAUGGACUGCAAUCACGUUGUUUAUCUUCUUAGUAUGCUGUCAGAUUCCUCUGUUCGGUAUUAUGUCUUCGGACAGCGCCGACCCUUUCUAUUGGAUACGUGUGAUACUUGCGUCAAACAGGGGAACACUCAUGGAAUUGGGAAUUUCACCAAUCGUCACAUCUGGUCUAAUCAUGCAGCUAUUAAGCGGCGCGAAAAUCAUCGAAGUCGGUGAUACCAUAAAGGACAGAGCUCUGUUUAAUGGAGCACAGAAACUAUUCGGUAUGGUCAUCACAGUCGGUCAGGCCAUUGUAUACGUAAUGACUGGCAUGUACGGAGACCCGACAGUAAUUGGAGCCGGAGUUUGUUUAUUAAUCAUCAUUCAGUUAUUCGUUGCCGGAUUAAUCGUACUGUUAUUGGACGAACUGCUUCAAAAGGGAUACGGAUUGGGCAGCGGAAUCUCUCUGUUCAUUGCAACCAAUAUUUGCGAGACAAUUGUGUGGAAGGCCUUCUCUCCAGCCACUGUUAACACUGGACGUGGUACCGAGUUCGAAGGUGCUGUGAUCGCAUUGUUCCACUUAUUGGCUACAAGGCAGGACAAAGUUCGAGCUCUGCGCGAAGCCUUCUACAGGCAGAACCUUCCCAAUCUCAUGAACUUGCUCGCCACCAUCUUGGUGUUCGCCAUAGUCAUUUACUUCCAGGGCUUCCGUGUUGACUUGCCGAUCAAAUCUGCCAGAUACAGAGGCCAGUACAGCAGCUAUCCCAUCAAACUGUUCUACACCAGUAACAUUCCGAUUAUCCUUCAGUCCGCGUUGGUGUCGAAUCUGUACGUUAUCUCGCAAAUGUUGGCGGUCAAGUUCCAAGGGAACAUCAUCGUCAACCUUCUGGGUGUGUGGUCCGAUGUUGGCGGCGGUGGUCCCGCCAGAUCCUAUCCUGUUGGUGGAUUGUGCUACUAUUUAUCGCCCCCUGAAUCCGUCGGGCACAUCCUACAGGAUCCCGUUCACGCGUUUUUGUAUAUUCUGUUCAUGCUUGGGUCGUGCGCGUUCUUCUCAAAAACAUGGAUCGAGGUCUCCGGUAGUUCAGCGAAAGAUAUCGCGAAACAACUGAAGGAGCAGCAAAUGGUGAUGAGAGGGCACAGAGACAACUCGUUGAUCCACGAGCUAAACAGAUAUAUUCCGACUGCCGCGGCGUUCGGCGGAUUGUGUAUCGGUGCUUUGUCGGUACUGGCCGAUUUUCUCGGAGCGAUCGGUUCCGGUACCGGUAUCCUACUAGCCGUCACGAUCAUAUACCAGUACUUCGAGAUCUUCGUUAAAGAACAAAGUGAAAUGGGUGGCAUGAGUACGCUACUCUUCUAAAAUUCAAUUCCCUUUAUAUAGAGACUUUAAAA